AUGUCUGAACGAAGUCUGAGCCCCUCCAGCGUCAACAACGACGUCAAGGAUGCACAACCACAGAAGAGGAUUAGAGCCUCGGGGGAAGUGCUCAACUUUCUAAUUGAAGAGUUCAUAAAGAACGCCAACCCAAGCCCCGAUAGACGCAAAUUCAUCAGCGACAAAGCCUCCAUGAGCGAAAAAGCCGUGCGCAUUUGGUUCCAGAAUAGAAGAGCCAAGCAAAGGAAAUACGAGCGGUCCAAAAGGCAGGACUUGAAUGGGUUCCAUAUUCAACAGCACCACGCUAGCACCUUUGAUCUAAUACAAAAGCCCAACGUGCCCAUUGAAGUCAAUGAAAAAUACUCGUUUAUCGACUGUUCGAGUCUAUCUGUGGGGUCCUGGCAACGGAUCAAGAGCGGCAUCCACCUGGCGCUGUUGCUCCAAGAUAAUCUAAUCAAUUUGUCCCCUUUCAACCUCAACAAUAUCAUGACUCAAGUGGACUUGUUGGUUAUACUAUCCAAAAAAAACCAGGAGUUGAACUACUUCUUCCUGGCGGUGACAAACAAGGACUCGCGGAUCUUGUUUAGAAUCUUUUAUCCACUCAGCGCCAUUUCGCUGUGCUCGCUACAUGGGAACUCAAUUGAAGACAAGAAUGGGGGUCAUGAAUUGAGGAUCAACUUGUGCCACCAGCCCAAAUUCUCGGUGUAUUUCUUUAAUGGGAUCAACCUGAGUGCCAACCAAUGGUCCAUCUGUGACGAUUUCAGCGAGGGCCAACAAGUUAGCCAAGCAUACACUGCCAAUUCAGAGUUUCCUCACUACAAUAAAAACCAAAACCAUAGCCAUUCGCCCUCGGGUGUGCCCCACGUCAUUGUUGGCUCCAAGGCGUCCUUGAGCUAUUUGAGUCUAUACAUCAACAACAUUAUCGGCGACUCUUGCAACGUGGACUUUUCGGCAAACCAAUUGGCAACAGUCGCACCUACAGACUUUAUCUCAUCAACUCAACCACCACCACCGCCACCACCAUUCAAGCAGCAUCAUCCUCAUUUAUUCGAUGUCAACGCCAGCAACUCGCAACAUCCACAGCUAGACUUUCAGGAUUUGCAAUCGCUCUGGCCAAACUCAUCAAACCCCAACUCCAACUCCAACAACAACAUCAUCACCUCAAACAUAAACACAUCACCUUUUUCCACCACUUCGUCGUCACAUCCAUUCUAUCAAAGUGAAGAUACACCACAAUCAACGCAAUCCCUCACCAACACUACCGCAGCCACUUCCAUCACCACCACCACCAACAACAACAAUGCCAAGAAUAACAACCACAUGGUCAAAUCCUCGUCGUCACCAGAAGAUAGCUUCCCCCUCCAUGAAAUGAAACACGCAUACACCCACGUGGGAUCGACUGAUUUCAUGGGUUUAGUAGAUCCAGCACUCACCACCUUUGCCACUGGCAUCAUCAACAACAACAAUAGCAACAGUAACACGGCUGAUUUCGAUUUGGGCGGGUUUGGCGUCGAUGUGAGUCUAACGGGCGGAGCAGCACAUCCUUUUGAUCUACUUCAUCAUGGCACGGCGGCGGCUACUGCGACAGCAUUGGACUUUAUUGAUUUCAACAGCUAG